CUCGACAAAGGAGAGAUUUUUUUCAAUCAUUUUCGGAUUUAUAGAUCCAACCCAUUGAUUAUACUUUAAACCCUCAAUCUCUGGAGUACUCUAUGCUGUUCAAUUGUACUCAUGUUUUGUUUAUGGUGUUGGGUUCUCUCAGAAAACUUGAGUUAUUAUUUUUGAGCUUUGGUCUGUAAUUGUUGCGAGGAUAGAUUCGUGAUUGAGCUAACAUACCCUUUGAAUUAUUAUAUAUAAUUUGUGAUAGAUAUUUUUAGAACUUCUAAUAAUUAUCUAAUUUGGUAUGGAGCUCUGUGUCUUUCUUUUAUUUCCCAUUUUUUGCUGCUUUAAAUCUUUUUAGUUAUCAUUUAGGGGAAUUAAAAAAAUCCAUUAUUUGCAGGAAACUAGAAUCAUUUUACUCCUAAACACCAAAGUUUACACCUUUUUUGAAUUUGAUACCUCAAAGUAUUUUUUGGCCUAAAAAUAUCCCAAGGUUCAAAAAAAAAAGAUAUAACUUUGAGAGGUAUCAAAGUUAAUCUUUUUUUAAAUCUUUUGUGAACAUUGGGACAUUUUGUGUGCAAAAGAUAAAAUAAAAUAGAAAAAACCAGGGUGUAAAGGUAAUAACUGGUGUAAGUUAUGCGGUAUUAAGUGAAAAUAACCUUUAUUAAAUGUAAAUUCUUCAAAUGAAAAUACGUUCGACUAUGAAACCCCAGUCUUAAUCUAAAUAGGUUGGAUUUUUUGUUAUUAUCACUAAUUUAUUGCAAAACAGGAUGCAAAUGAAGUGUUUUUUGUAAUUUCUUUAUUUAAAAGUUAUGUUUUCCUCUUCAAUAGGCUUUUUGGUACAUGCUGUUCAAUCUCAAUCAUUGACGAAACAGUCCGUUCUGUGGAGUGAGCAUGGUGUCUCAGUCUGGAUCCAGAUAAUAAUAAAUAACUGAUCAUGUUGAGAACCAAGCAAAUUAGCACUCUUUCGCAGUGCGCUAGGACUUUUUAUCUCAGUGGCACAAGAUGCGGUGGUGCUGAUGGAGCUGCGUGUUCUUGCUCUGAUGAUGAUUCUUCUAUUAAGGGGAAAACGCCUAAUAGAACCGAGCUAUCUACUGAUGUGGUCACUAAAGCGAGAUCUCCUGGUUUAAAAGAUGCAUUUGGGCCUGUGAAUUAUCUCAGCCCUCAGAAUCGUGCAGUUGUAGGUUCAGGCCCUCAGAAUCGUGCAGUUGUAGGUUCAGGCCCUCAUGUUAAAAUCAAUUCUGAUGGGGAUACCAUUGAAGCUCCUCAGAGUUGUGCGAUUAAUUCAUCAAUGGCUACUCAAAACUUUGUUAAGGCAGGUGUUGCAACUGUUGGCAUGCUUUCUGAGUUAAUUAAUUAUAGGAUCCCAAGAGCAGAUGACCAUGAUGAUCAUCUCUCAACCUCGAAUUAUGUGAUCAACAAUACUCCACCAGUUUCUAAUACAAGGUCAAAUAAUGGAAAAUCUCGUAACAAUGCAAAGUAUUCCAAGGUCCAGCCAAGCUCCUCUAUCAGCACUGAAGAAAGAUCAAAUUCUAAUUCAUCACCUUCUCAGAAUAAUAAUGGAGUCAAAUAUAGCACAUGGAGAACAAAAUCUAAGCAAAAUAGUCCAGGAACUUCUGCUGGGGUUCAUAGAUCACAGUCAAGCAUACCAGACCAAAGACAUCCAGUGCAGCAGAGCGCAAAUUGUGACUCUGACACAAGAUCUGGAACUAAAAUCUCUGAUAGGCAUAUUAAAUCUUCUACUAAGUUUCAUCAUCCAACGAGAAAUGCCAGAUUCCAAGCUGGAGGUUCUCUAUCUGGUACUCGAUCUCUACAUUCAGUUCGUGCAGUUGAGCUAUACCAUCACACUCUGCAACAGUUGAAAUGGGGGCCCAAAGCAGAGGAAACCCUUGACGGUCUUCAAUGCAAAUUAGAUGUUUUCCAAGCAAAUCAAGUGCUAAAACUUCUCCGUGAUCAUUCUGUGGCUCUCGGGUUUUUCAAAUGGUUGAAGCAUCAGGCUGGCUUCAAACAUGACGAGCAUACUUACACCACCAUGAUCGGCAUCCUCGGGCAAGCUAGGCAAUUUGGUAUAAUAAAACGACUUUUAGAUGAAAUGAAAAGAGAUGGAUGCUUUCCGACUGUGGUCACAUACAAUCGGUUGAUCCAUGCAUAUGGCCGUGCUAAUUACAUAUCCGAGGCUGUUGAAGUAUUUCACGAGAUGCAAGAACUUGGUUAUGAACCUGACCGAGUCACCUACUGCACUCUAAUUGAUAUCCAUGCAAAAGCUGGAUUCUUAGAAGUCGCUCUUGAUUUAUACCGAAACAUGCAAGAAGUCGGUCUUUCUCCUGACACUUUCACUUAUAGUGCGAUGGUAAACUGCCUUGGGAAAGCUGGACAUCUUGCUGCUGCUUAUAAUCUAUUCUGCGAGAUGAUCGACCGUGGAUGCAUCCCUAAUCUAGUGACAUACAACAUUAUGAUAGCUUUACAGGCAAAAGCAAGAAACUAUCAGAGCGCAGUGAAGCUUUACAGAGAUAUGCAAGCUGCUGGAUUUCGCCCGGAUAAGAUAACUUACAACAUUGUGAUGGAGGUCCUUGGCCACUGUGGGCAUCUGGAUGAAGUGGAGGCCGUGUUCCUUGAAAUGCAACGGGAUUGGAUUCCUGAUGAACCUGUCUAUGGUCUUCUUGUGGACAUGUGGGGCAAAGCUGGGAAAGUGGAGAAAGCACGAGCUUGGUUUCAUUCAAUGCUCGAAGCAGGCUUGAGGCCUAAUGUACCAACUUGCAAUUCUUUGUUAAGCGCGUUUAUUAAGAUGCAGAGGUUCUCCGAUGCACAUAUCGUGCUCCAGAAUAUGAUUGGUAUGGGUCUGGUUCCAUCUCUUCAGACCUACACUCUUCUUCUCAGCUGCUGCACCGAUGAGAUAGGCUCUAAUAUGAUAUCAUGUAGCAAGCUUAUGGCUAUAACCGGCCACCCGGCUCAUAAUUUUCUACAGUCUUUACCUAAUGCUGAGCCUGGUGGGAAAAAUGUUCGAGACCAUACUAAUCGGUUCUUGGAACUGAUACAUAGUGAAGACCGGGAGAGCAAGAGGGGUCUUCUUGAUGCCGUAAUCGAUUUCCUUCAAAAGUCGGGUCUCAAAGAGGAGGCUGGAUUUAUAUGGGAGGUUGCUGCACAAAAGAAUGUGUACCCUGAUUCAGUAAGAGAGAAGAGUUCGUCAUAUUGGCUUAUAAAUCUCCAUGUUAUGUCUGAAGGGACGGCAGUUAUUGCAUUAUCGAGGACUCUGGCUUGGUUUCAGAGGCAAAUGUUGGCCUCGGGAUUUGGCCCUCGAAGGAUUGAUAUUGUAACGGGAUGGGGGAGGAGGAGUAGGGUAACAGGAUCUUCUUUAGUUAGGCAGUCUGUUGAGGAGCUGCUGCACUUAUUUAGGUUUCCUUUCUUCACUGAGAAUGGCAACUCUGGGUGCUUUGUUGGAUGUGGAGAGGCCCUUAAUCGUUGGUUGCUCAAUUCGUAUGUCGAUCGUAUGCAUUUGUUGUAGGUAGUGAUGUUGCUUAAUUGUUAUGUGGUGCAAUUUUGUAAGUUAUGGAGUGCAUCAUUGGGUUUGAACAAUGUAGCAAGUUAUUAGAGAUAUCAGAGCUUUUGCAAUUCAUCAUUGUCAUGGUAUCAA